UCUUCCCGUCUGAGCCGGCCCCCAGCCUGCGGGGCGGCGGAGCCGGGAAGUGGGAGCGGGAGCGAAGGAGGCGGAGACUGCCGAGGCUGCCACCACCCGCCGGGAUCCGGGGCGAGGGGCUGCAUGGAGCUGCCGGCGCGGCUCUGCGGGCUGUGGGUACUGCUGCUCUGCUUCGCCGACGGCGGGGACGCCGCGCCCACCGAAACUCAGCCACCGGUGACAAAUUUGAGUGUUUCUGUUGAAAACCUCUGCACGGUAAUAUGGACAUGGAAUCCUCCAGAGGGAGCCAGCCCGAAUUGUAGUCUGUGGUAUUUUAGUCAUUUUGGCAACAAGCAGGAUAAGAAAAUUGCUCCAGAAACUCAUCGUUCGAAAGAAGUGCCCUUGAAUGAGAAGGUUUGUUUGCAAGUGGGGUCCCAGUGUAGCACCAAUGAAAGUGACAACCCUAGCACUUUGGUGGAAAAGUGCAUCUCACCCCCUGAAGGUGAUCCUGAGUCAGCUGUGACUGAGCUACAAUGCAUUUGGCACAACCUGAGCUACAUGAAUUGUACCUGGCUCCCUGGAAGGAACACAAGACCUGACACUAACUAUACUCUCUACUACUGGCACAGCAGCCUGGGAAAAAUUCUUCAAUGUGAAGACAUCUUUAGAUCAGGUCAACACAUUGGUUGUUCCUUUGCUCUGACUAAAGUGAAGGAUUCCAGUUUUGACCAACACAGUGUCCAAGUAAUGGUCAAGGAUAAUGCAGGAAAAAUUAGACCAUCCUUCAAUAUAGUCCCUUUAACGUCCCAUGGAAACAUGGUCUUUUUAAAUUUAUUUUUUCUUUAUAUUUUCAAGGUUGAAGAACCCAAAUGUGAUAAUUUAGAAUCUGAGGGAAAUCUGGAGGGCACAAUUUGUUUCCGGGUCCCUGGUGCUUUUCCUGAUACUUUGAACACAGUCAGAAUAAGAGUCAAAACAAAUAAAUAUUGCUAUGAGGAUGACAAACUCUGGAGUAAUUGGAGUCCAGCAAUGAGUAUAGGUAAGAAGGCCAAUCCGACAUUCUACAUAACCAUGUUACUCAUUAUUCCCAUAAUCGUUGCAGGUGCAAUCAUAGUCCUUCUACUUUAUUUAAAAAGGCUCAAGAUCAUUAUAUUCCCUCCAAUUCCUGAUCCUGGCAAGAUUUUUAAAGAAAUGUUUGGAGACCAGAAUGAUGAUACCCUGCACUGGAAGAAAUAUGACAUCUAUGAGAAACAAGCCAAAGAAGAAACUGACUCUGUAGUGCUGAUAGAAAACCUGAAGAGAGCCUCUCAGUGAUGGGGAUAAUUUAUUUUAACCUUCAAUGUGACCUUGUGAAGAUUCAUCCCAUUCUCCAUUUGUUAACUGGUAACUUGCUAAAUGGAAACUGAAACUACUGGACCAUUUAAAAACAGGCAGCUCAUAAGAGCCACACGUUUUUAUGUUGAGUCAUGCACCAAAAAAACAAAAAUAAUGGUUGCUUUGGAGAAGAGAGUGGAGUCAUACUCAUUGAAUUAUAAAAGCAGGCAUCUUUUGCGAAGGCUUCAAACUAGGGGACAAAACAAAAAGUGAUGAUCACAGUAGAGUUAAUCUUAUCAAGAGUUGUGACAACUUCCUGAGCAAUCUAUGCCUGCUUUGUAUUCUUUGUGUCAAACAGUACCAACAAAUUUUAUUUCUGGGGGAACUCAUUUUGGGUGCAAAUGUUCAUGCCAAACUUGAGUCACAGACAACACCUAACAAACAAAAUUGACAAGAUCUGUUCUCUGUUGUUUGAGAUCCCAUUAAGUGAUGUUUGUUGCUAUUAAAACUUCUGAGUCGAAUCCUCAUCCCUUCAGCAGCAUUUCCCUCUGCUUUGAGAGGCCCAGGCAGCAGUGCUGGCUGUGAUGAGAACUACAGCAAAGGCAGGGACUGCUGCUUUUACCAAGGCCUUUCAAAGCCUCUGCAGUCUUUUAAGGGCAGCAGAGACAGAAUGACUUAGUGGGCAUUAGAGUUUGAACCUCCAGUCUCUAAUGAUACAUUGUUUGUUCUUCACCUCUGCUACUCAGCUCAAGUAUUUACUAUGUGUCAGACUGUCCUGUGAGGCACACUGCCUCCAAGGGUCCACAAUCUGGUUGGAACACCUCAAUUCUCACCACUUUAUUUUUCUCUGCCAUUCAUUUUUCAGACCUUUUAACUCCCCAGUUCCCACACCGAUUUCCCCUUUUUCAUUCUCCCACAUUGUAUUCUUUCACCUUCGGUAGACCAAAAAUCUGCUCAGAACACCUAGAGGAGCAGGGAGUGAUUUGCAUCUCAGGUAAAGUGUGAGUAGACUGAGCAAUGAUGAUGAAUUCUUGCAUAUUUUGUAACUUCUGUGUGAGUCUGCAUUUGUUUGAAGAUUUUCAGCAUUUACUAUUUCCCUACAUAUUUUCUAAACAGAAAGGAGGUAUUAUCUUCACUUAGAACUUUGCAAUUUGCUUGAUAAAAAGAACAGUUGUAUCUUUUCCUCUUUCCCCUUACUGCCACAAAGAGUUAUUAGUAGGUUUUGUGUCUUAUAUUGAUAACCAGCAUCCAAGGCUCCAGCGUUUGUAUGCAUUUUUUUUUGCGUAUGUUAGGGUUCUAUUCUUACCCAUCCCCACAACAUAUAUGUUCCUUCUACUCCUACUUUCUCCAAAUGGAAGGAAGUGUGGCAAUGAAAUGCCCCGCAUCCACCCCAGUCUUUCUCUCUUUACAUACAUAGACUCAGAUUACUGGUAGGAACUUGAAAAAUUUGUAUCGCCAGUUCUGCAAACAUUCACCCAUUUGUAUUAAUAGGAUGGUGCUGCUUGCAAUUUCUGCUCGUAAGUGGAGGGAAAUCAGAGAUCCCUGCUCUUCACAGAUUUGGGCAAAAGUGGCAACCUGCUUGCACUGCAGAGGAGGAGCACUGUGCCCCAGCUUUUCUAAGAUAAUUGGGGUUUGGAGGAAGGCUGGAUAGAUGUCAAGGUGUUGCCUCCCUGUGCUUUUAUUUUUGAGGUCAGAUUGAGGCUGGGAGACAGGCAGAGUGGAUGUUCCACUUUGUUCUACUGUUCUGUAAAAAGAAUAUUUGAUUUUCAUUUGUAGGAACGAUAUUACUUACUAGCCAGGUGUUUUAUAAUUCUGGGAAGCAAAACACCUAAAUGCCUCCACCUAGGCCAUUUUUUCCUGUUAUCCUAUUUAGAUGGCAAUGGGUGGCGGGGGGGGGGUGUUCCUUGAUGUUCUGGUUACCCAAGAACUACUGAUGCUGACAGUCAUGCAGCCUGGGGAUGGGGAAAUUGUAUUUUGUUUGCAUCCUCCUCUUUUAGUGGUAAAAUAGUUAAGGGAAAAGGGCGCAGUGAGUCAUGGGAGUAGCUAUGGCUGUUUAAUAAUUUCUGGAAAGUGAUCCCCAGGUGCUGGGAACUCUUGGAAACUUCAAUACAUCAGUGGGAUUCUCAUCACCUGUAGGAAACUACUAGGUUCAUUUACUGUUUUAUGUCUAAUCUAUAUGGAUUUUUUUCCCCACAUACCUAAGUAAACUUGUAAGAAUAUCCAUUCUUAUUUUUUUAUUCAGAUUAAGUGUUUUCUUCAUCUGGGUACUAAAGAGAUAGGUGGAACAAUGUUUAAGAACUUUUUUGGUAAUGCCUUCACCUAGGGAUCAUUUUGUUUAACUUCUUAUAAGAAAGCUUCACUAAAAUAAAUUUUGUCUUUUUGUAUGUCACCCAAA